CGCCCAGCAACGCGACAAGGAAUCUCGCUGCCCUGCCAUUACACUACAAAAUCCCACCUGCUCCCCUGUUUCUUGGUUCCCUUCUUCUCCACAUCACCCCCCACACCCACCUUUCCCCUCUGCGGCGGCGCACGAGGGAUCUGGAGAAGACGAGAAGAUGAUGGGGAGGAAGGCCCUGGACUACGAGGAGCUCAACGAGAACGUCAAGAAGGUGCAGUACGCCGUGCGCGGGGAGCUCUACCUCCGCGCCUCCGAGCUCCAGAAGGAGGGCAAGAGGAUCAUCUUCACCAACGUCGGCAACCCGCACGCCCUCGGCCAGAAGCCACUCACCUUCCCCCGCCAGGUGGUGGCGCUCUGCCAGGCUCCCUUCCUGCUCGAUGAUCCCAACGUCGGCCUCAUCUUCCCCGCCGAUGCCAUCGCGAGGGCCAAGCACUACCUCUCCCUCGCGCCCGGCGGUUUAGGUGCUUACAGUGACUCCCGAGGUAUCCCUGGGGUUAGGCAGGAAGUUGCCGAGUUCAUUCAGAGGCGUGAUGGGUAUCCAAGUGAUCCAGAGCUUAUUUACCUCACUGAUGGUGCCAGCAAAGGUGUGAUGCAAAUGCUCAACGCCAUUAUCAGAAACGAGAGGGACGGGAUUUUGGUCCCUGUUCCACAAUACCCGCUUUAUUCUGCUGCUAUUUCCCUCUUUGGUGGUUCUCUUGUCCCGUAUUAUUUGGAAGAAGAGGCUAACUGGGGACUUGAUCUUGUCAGUACCCGGCAAUCAGUUGCAGAAGCACGGUCAAAGGGAAUCACUGUUCGAGCAAUGGUGAUAAUAAACCCAGGAAACCCUACUGGUCAAUGCCUAAGUGAAGCAAAUAUUAGGGAACUUUUGAACUUCUGCUAUCAGGAAAACUUGGUUCUGCUUGCAGAUGAAGUUUAUCAACAGAAUGUUUAUCAAGAUGAGCGUCCGUUUAUAAGUGCAAGAAAGGUUAUGUUUGACAUGGGUCCUCCAGUAAGCAGGGAAGUUCAGCUGAUUUCUUUCCAUACUGUGUCCAAAGGAUAUUGGGGAGAGUGUGGACAACGUGGUGGGUACUUUGAAAUGACAAAUAUUCCUCCCAAGACUGUCGACGAGAUUUACAAGGUUGCAUCAAUCGCGCUGAGUCCAAAUGUUCCUGGGCAGAUCUUUAUGGGGCUUAUGGUGAACCCUCCUAAACCUGGAGACAUCUCGUACCUGAAGUACUCUGCUGAAAGUAAGUCUAUCCUUGAAUCUUUGAGGAGGAGGGCACAAAUAAUGACAGACGGUUUCAAUAGUUGCCGAAAUGUUGUCUGCAAUUUCACAGAAGGGGCUAUGUAUUCUUUCCCGCAAAUACGGCUGCCGCAAAGAGCUAUGGAUGUAGCAAAAAGCGCUGGCAAAGCGCCCGAUGUUUACUACUGCCUCAAGCUUCUGGAAGCCACUGGAAUUUCCACUGUUCCAGGCUCAGGUUUUGGUCAGAAAGAAGGGGUGUUCCAUCUGAGGACGACGAUCCUGCCCGCGGAGGAGGACAUGCCGGCGAUCAUGUCGAGCUUCAAGAAGUUCAACGACUCGUUCAUGGAGCAAUACCAGGACCACUCGAGGCUGUGAAGAGAGAAGAAGACAACCGCAUCUACAUAUAAUACAAUGCUGCUCUUUUCUACCAGCAAUUAAAGUUGAUUAAUUAGCUGUAAGCUGUAACUAUGGUGAAGAAAACUGGUUGCUAUGCUUGAUAUGUAUAGGGGGGAAGAUAUAUGCGGAAAUAUUCGGUCCAUUUACUACAUAAUAUGAUGAUACUGUAAUUGUUGGCUCCAAUAUUGAUCCAUAAUAAAUAAUUAAACAACCUUUGAGCUUGA